AUGAAAGCAACACUCGAUGGUUCUUCCUCUACCGAUGGUCCCACCUCCAAAUCACCCGAGACUGAAAUUUUCGUGGACCGACUCUCGCAGGUAGGUCUACGUUAUCGGAGUGGCACAGAGAAGAAAGUCGACGCACGGAAGAACAAGAAGUCUGGGAAGAAAUCCGGUGGGAGUUCAGUAUCUAGGGAAAACAUAUACCUCCCACCGAUGCCUUUGAAGGAGCCGAUUUCAGUUGUGUUAUUCCUGUUUGAAAUUCCUUGGAGAAUCUCCAACAACUCGAUCUUGUUCGCAAACCCUACCACCAAGUUUGAAUUCGGCCCCAAAUGCAAAGGAGAUGAUAGUCGGCACUCGGCAGAAUGGAACGUCGUCGACAAUUCAACGAGCACUGAUGGUCGAUUAAUCUUUCGAUUAUCGGUUGUUUUCAUCCCCUCUCGAGUCCUACUAAUCAGUGUUCAUCAAGGUGGGGUAUACUGUUAUGCGAGUGGUGGUGGACGUAUCAAUGCUUCUUUGGUGUUCAAGGAAAUGGUUAAAGAUUUUCACCUUGCAGGAAUCAAGGUAAUCAUGGAUGUUGUUUACAACCGUACAAAUGAAGUUGAUGAUAAAUACCCUUACACCACAUCAUUCUUUGGUAUAACAAGGUAUAUUACAUGCUGGAUGGGAGUAACUAUUGAACUUCUCAGGUUGUGGUGCUUAACAUACAACAACUAUACAGAAUCAGCACCAUGUAUUGGGAUGACAAAUACGGGACCCACGGUGUUUCAUCAGAAAUGCGUUUAAAGGAAAAACCAAUCAUGCUUCAAAGCAGUGUUGAGCAUUCUGGAGGUCAACGUGUGUGCCUUGACCUACAGAAACUGGACUGGUUUUCCCUUUUCCCAGGCCAUGUAGAUAGUUAAAAAAAUGGAAACUGACCAAAAAAAACAUUUAACAUAAACAUAAUUCGAUAGUGGUAGGUAUUGAAGGACAUAAUCCAAGUGGGCACUAUUUAAUUGCAACAAAAAUUGUUGAUUAUGUACCGUUAUCAGUCCCUGAUGAUGAAAAUAUUCCUCAAAAGUUGUGGAUGAAGAUAACAAGCCUGUUGAUUUAUCUGAUAUAACAUCAGAUUUAUCAUUGGCCCUUACACCACGACUGACAACUUCAGUUGCUUAUACUGUUAGGGCCUUUCAUUGAGUCGGAGCACCCCGAGAUCAAGAAAGAAGCUUUAAACAGGACUUAUGAUGAUUUAUUCCAUCUGCUGAGUCAACGCAGGGAUGUUUUCAAAAUUCAAGUAAUAUUUUUCUUUUUUCUUUUUUCUUAAUUUAAUAUUUUUACGUUUGUGACAACAGCUUUUAUCCUCUGUACCCACUCCUGUGGGCUUGUCGCUUGCUCUAGAAGCCCCUUCAAAAUCGUCGAUGGUCCCGCUAGCUCCGCUGCCAGAAAUCCAGAUGAAAUUGCAAAACUUUUCCCAUCCCUGUUUGGGCAACCAUCAGCAAUAUUGGUACCAGGUGAAUCUAAUGAAUCAGGAUCGGCCUUGAAGAUAGGAGUUGUGUUGUCAGGAGGACAAGCACCAGAAGGACAUAAUAUUAUAUAUUACUUACAGGAAUAUUGUAAAGGUUCCAGACAUUCUCAUUGUUCCUUCAGACCUCACACACAAGUGAAGGAGGUGACGAAGUGAACUGUAUGUGUUUGAAUCCGGGAAGACUGGCGAGAGGCGAAGGAGGUGGUCACUUUGUAGAACUUAACUUCCAUGGUACCUGUGACUCAUCUUCUGCUUCAGUUAUUCAUAUAUAGAAGCAACAUUCAGACAUGUGAACCCUAAUCUUCUUUAACAUCAAUCUGACAUGUGAACCCUACUUUUCUAUUAGAACUUCUUACAACUCUUCCAACAACCAUUAAUGAACAAGUUUCAUGGCUUGUUGGAGGAUUGGUUCUUACUGCAGG